GGUUGUUCACGUUCGUUUUCAGGAAAUUGAACGAACCAGGUGGGGCCAGCUCUCCUCUCUUUGAUGCCCCGCGGCUGGAUCGUGAAUCGAUGGUGCGCCUAGGCCAAUCGCACUUGCCUUGGCUAUGGUACAGAGGUGACGGCUGAUGACGUAUGGGAAAGAAGAUACUCGUGUCACGCCAAACAAUAAAGGCGCUUUCCUCCUCUCUCGCCUCAUUCCCAUUACACCAACACCAGAUACCCCAUACAACCGCGCUACUCAACCAACCACUCCCAUUGAUUCACUCGUAAUUGUUUAUUUGAUACCCUUUUGAUACCCAGCAAGCAGUACACCAUGUCUUCAGGAAAGGCGGUCAACAGACCGGUUGACGUAAAGCAGAAGGAAGCUGAUGUGAACAACAAGCUCCAGCUCUACGGGAUUUCUCAGGCAUUUGCCAAUGGCAAAGUUCCUUCCAACAAGCAGAUCGAUAUUGCACUGAACUCGGCACUUGCGUCGAAAGCGCUCAGUUCGCCAUCCAAGAAGCUUUCAACAGAAGGCCAGCAACUUGUUGGCGACCUGAGGAAGGUUAUUGAGCAGGCCAAGAUCUUGCUGCUUACAAAGAACGAGGGCAAUCUUCUCCAGGACUUUAUCUGGAAUGCCGAGCAGAUUUCUGGCGGAAACCAGGCACUUCCUGGCGCUCCUGUCGACAAAGACACAGCUAAGCAGCACGGCAAUGAGGCUCUUGAAGGUCUGCGAACACUGGGCACCCUCUUGAUCUCUAACGGCCAAUUCAGGAAGCUUCUUUCUGACGCUUCCACCCUCCUCCGCGACAUCGCUGGUGAUGCUGCCCAAAACACCGCCAACAAGGUGAGGCCUUCGGAGGAUGCCCUCGGUCAAAUUGAUCAACCCGCCGAAGAGAACACCUGGCACGAGAACCCUGAGUUCUCUAAGGACAAGAUCAAGAGCUCGUUGAGGCAGCAGAUUCCAAUUGGCAAACAGGACGUCAAGCAGGCCGCUGGUGAUGUGAACCAGGCUGCUCACCCGGCCGGCUCUCGUGAUCCCCGUGACACCGCUCAGCUCGGUGCCCACGAGGGGCAGACUGGCAACAGCACAGGCCUCAAUACGCAGGCCGGAAUCGAGCAGGGCAAGCAGCAGCUCGAGCAGGGCAAACAGCAGAUUGCUGCCCAGAUCCCCGAAGAGGAUAAGGAUAAGGCACGCGCGCGCCGUGAUCAACUCAACAACUACCUUAAGGGCAAGAUGCCUCAGGAGCGUCGCGAACAGACUAUCUGGCGUCUGAAGAAGAUGAUCGUUGAAGUUCAGGGCCACCAGGAUUACCAGCGUGCGAUUGAGACACUCCUUAGGCUAUCCGAGCAAUAUGCCGGCCACGGCAAAAAGCUCGGCCAGCAGGGUGCCGGAACCGUGCAAGGUGCGCAUCAAGAAGACGAUGCCCUAACUCGUGCCGAAGCUGACAUCAAGACUCUUCUUGAGCGCUUCGCCAACAGCACAUCCUCCGACGACCUCUUCGACUCCAUCAACCAGAUCUACAAGGAUGCUGAGCAAGACCCAGAACUCAAGGCUUGGUUCAGGCACUUGAACCAGUACAUUCACAAGUGCCUCCAGCAGCAGGGUUACAUUCUGGAGGACCGAUCCACCGAGGAGUGGAACCAGAUCUAUGACCAGGGCCACGAGCUCCUCCGUGGUCGUUACCGUGGCCACACUGACCGCAUUGCCGACGAGUUCAAGUUCAUCGGACAGCAGUUCGAUGCCGACGAGCAGAACAGGCAAUUUGCUCAAUCUGUCAACAAGCUGUUCCUUGAUCUUGGCAACGAUGAGAAUGGCAAGACCACGUUCAAGCCUCACCUCGUCAAGGACCUGACCGAUGUCAUCCUACCCGGUCUCUUCGAGAGCGUACAGUAUGUACCUAUUCCCCGCAUCGAGGUCAGCGACCCUCAGGUAGAUGUCAUCGUGGAGAACCUGGUGAUUGAGAGUGACAACCUUGCUCCCAAUGUCAUGGAAUUCGGUUCUGACAACUACUGGCGUUGGGGACGCAAGUCAAUCACCAACAAGAACAAGAACAAGGUCAUGCUUUCCGUCUCCGGCGUGCAGAUGGAUCUUCGCGAUGUCUCUUACUACAUCAAGAAGAAGCAGGGUUUCCCUUCCAUCACCGACAAGGGUGUCAUGGAUAUCUUCAUGGGAGGCUCUGGUUUCAGCUUCAAGGUUGAGCUGGAGACUGCUGACAAGGCCCGCGAGCACGCUCAGACCCACUUCUUCAAGGUGACCAAGGUCGAGACUGAUAUUCAGAACUUGUCCAUCAAGCUCAAGAAGAGCAACCACAAGCUGCUCUUCAACAUGUUCAAGCCUAUGUUGUUGAAGGUCAUGCGUCCUGUCAUUCAGAAGGUCCUCGAGAAGCAGAUCAAGGACUCUGUCAAUCAGGUCGACGGCAUGCUUUACGAUAUUAAGAAGGAGGCCGAUCGGGCCGAGGCCGAGGCCAAGCGCAACCCCGAUCCUCAGCACCUUGCGAACAUGUAUCAGCGCUACGCCUCUGCAGCCCAAGCCCGUGUUAUGCAGGGCAAACAGAAGAAGGAGCAGCUCAAGGAAAGGACCAAGGACACUCAGGUCAAUGUCGCUGUCACUCAGCACGACUCGAUCUUCAAGAACAUUUCUCUCCCUGGUGGUAUCUCAACCAAGGCCACCGAGUACAAGGAGCUGGCUGCGAAGGGUGACAAGUGGGAAAGCCCCGUCUUCUCAAUUGGCUCUGCCCGCGAGACUUCUAGCUUGCCUCAGGUUGCGAAGAUCACCCGGAAGCCCCACGGCCGCGCUGAAGGCUAUCAGUCUGCCACUGGCACCGGUGUUGGUUCGGGCCUCGGCAACUCCCAGUAUGACGGUGCUGCUACCGGAUCUGGGUUUGCUGCUGGUCAGGGAUUGACUGACCGCUCAGGUCUUGGUCACCAGUCUGGUCAAAUUGGCGGCGGACCCGCCAGUUCUGGCCUUAGCGGACAGUCUGGUGCAUAUCCCUCGGGUUUGAACCAGCAACAGCUUGGAGGCACUGGUCAGGGACUUUACAAUACUUCCCACUCAGCCACUCAACCCACAUCCACUUCUGGUCAGUUCGCUAACCAGGUCGACAACGCUUUCGACAGCGCUACCGGCCACGGUCACGGUGGCGGUGUUGCCUCCACCACCGGCCCCAGUGCCCCUGUUCAGGGUGACGGCCAGUACAACACCACGUUCGGCGACCAAAACCCCGUGUUCCAGGGCCGCGCUUAAGAGAGUCGCGUUGCGAGCAUGGUGUGUUGCGAUGGUUGUCUAGCGUGUAGAAAAACGGACACGAUAAUGAUUUUUAUCUGGAUGAUACCACGAUUACGCAGCGCGUAAAGCACAUUAGGGAGGGUUCUAGUUUUCCGGCAUUGUGCUUUCAUAAAUUCCUCGCGGUAGUAAUAAUUAAU